AUGCAGCAACAGAAGGCAGCUGGAUUACAGUCUAUACAGAGAGCUGUAGAAUUAUUGUCUAUAAGAGAUUCAGCUAAAACUAUUCAAGAUGCCAAGAAAAAAACUUUCCAGUUCUGGAGGACUCAGCCAGUACCCAAAUUAGAUGAGGAGGUAGUGGGUAAUGAUCACAUAGAACCGGAUAAACCCGUCACUGAAGUUAGAGAUGAACCGUUUACGUUACCAACCGGUUUUAAAUGGAACACACUAGACAUACAAGAUCCAGUUGUGUUAAAAGAAUUAUAUACUUUAUUAAAUGAGAACUAUGUAGAAGAUGAUGACAAUAUGUUUAGAUUUGAUUAUUCUUCGGAAUUUUUAAGAUGGGCAUUGAUGCCACCAGGAUGGUUACAGAACUGGCACUGUGGAAUACGAGUUAUAAAGAGUGAUAAAUUAGUAGGCUUUAUUAGUGCUGUUCCUGCCCAUGUUAAAAUAUAUGAUAAAACAAAGAAAAUGGUGGAAAUAAAUUUUCUGUGUGUACAUAAGAAGUUGAGAUCCAAACGAAUGGCCCCAGUGUUGAUUAAAGAGAUCACACGUCGAGUUCACAAACAAGGCUUAUUUCAGGCUGUUUAUACUGCUGGGGUUGUUCUUCCUAAACCGGUUGCAGUUUGUAGAUAUUGGCACAGGUCGUUAAAUCCGCGUAAAUUGAUUGACAUUAAGUUUUCUCAUCUGAGUAGAAAUAUGACAAUGCAGAGAACAUUAAAGUUAUAUAAACUCCCAGAGGUACCUAAAACUGCAGGUUUCCGGCCAUAUAAACCUACAGAUAUACAACAGUGUCAUAAACUUCUUAACAAAUAUUUGUCCAAGUUUGAUUUGUCAGCAGUGUUUUCAUUGGAUGAUUUUGAUUACUGGUUCACACCUAGACAAGGUAUUGUGGACAGCUAUGUUGUCGAGAAAAAUGGAAAGAUCACUGAUUUUGUUAGCUUUUACACACUGUCCUCAUCUGUCAUGCACCACCCUACACAUAAGAAUUUAAAAGCUGCUUACUCCUUUUAUAAUGUGAGUUCUGGAACACCCUGGAAAGACCUGAUUUUAGACACCCUGGUUGUUGCCAAAAGUAUGGAGUUUGAUGUAUUUAAUGCUCUAGAUUUAAUGGACAAUAAGAAAUUUUUAGAAGAAUUAAAAUUUGGAAUGGGAGAUGGUAAUCUUCAGUAUUAUCUGUAUAACUGGAAAUGUCCUUCUAUGGACACGUCACAGGUAUGUCUGAUGAUUUUGUUCUGUUUUUAUUUUGAGUCAGUCUCCAGUGUAAUCUUAAAAGAUUUAUACCAAGGUUGUGUACUGUUGAAUUCAUUUCAACCAAACACAACGCGUCAAGCAGAAUCCAUGUCUAAAUAUCAUUUAUCAAUUGUGCAAAACCAAAAAAGAGCGAAUGAAAUUAUGAGACUGCUGAUACUCACUUGUAAUAGUGAUUCUGAUUGGCUGAUGAGUGGCGAGUGUUGCUUGAAACGUCAACAGUACGUGACAUCAGUAUAA